GGGAGGGAGGGCGGGGAAGGCGCGGGAGGCGGCCGGGGCAACGGCCAGUUGCCCGCGCCAUGGCGAGGCUGGGAGCCCGAGCUCGGAGCUCCGCGCUGGGGUUGGUCCUGUGCGCGCUGCUCGCCGCCGCCUCCGAGCAGCCGUACGUCACCUGCGGCUCGGUGGUGAAGCUGCUCAACAACCGGCACAACGUGCGGCUGCACUCGCACGACGUGAAGUACGGCUCGGGAAGUGGUCAGCAGUCUGUGACUGGUGUGAGUGCUUCAGAUGACAGCAACAGCUACUGGACAGUGAGAGGAAAACCAGGCCAGGGUUGUCAGCGAGGAAUACCAAUCAAAUGUGGGCAAUCAAUACGACUGACACAUGUCAACACUGGAAGAAACCUGCACAGUCACCACUUUGUAUCACCACUCUCUGGAAACCAGGAAGUAAGUGCUUUUGGUGAAAAUGGAGAAGGAGACGACUUGGACGUUUGGACUGUACAGUGCAGUGGAACAAGUUGGGAGCGUGAUGACGAUGUUCGCUUCAAGCACGUAGGAACCCAGGCCUUUCUAACAAUAACAGGAGAGCAGUAUGGUCAUCCAAUCAGGGGUCAGCUUGAAGUUCACGGCACAUUUAGCCCCAAUAUCGACAAUUACUGGACAGUAAUGGAAGGUGUCUUCAUCAAGCCGAGUGCUGAGCCAUUCAAACAUGAUGAACUGUAGGUUUAUUUAAAUAAGACUAUUUGGGGAAGUGAGGCCAGUAAGAAAUUGUUGCAUUGUUUGCAACUGACAAUUUACUUUAUUCUGUCUGGAGUCAUGGUUUGUACAGUGAAAAUCAAUUGUACUGAUCUUUUCUAUACUUUAAGUUUCUAACAAAAUGGAAGUAUAUUUAAAACAGUUUUGUGCAAGUAAAAAUGCACAUGUUCAACUGAAUACUUUUGCUUUAAUUUUCAGUAACAAGUUCUGAACUAGCAAUCAAAGUACUGGAAAUAUACUUUUUAAAGUGGUCUGCAUGUCAGAUUCUCCAUCCCAAAAGUUGUAAACUCCAUUUGCAUUUUUUUUUGUCCUUUAGCUUGUUUCUUUUAAAAUAAAAUGAAAGUGUAUUCUGUAGAACAAUUAUCUGAAAAGAGUGGAUGCAACUGCAGGAAAUAAGCCGGCCAUUUAAAGUACUUUCCAUUCCACCUACUGCUGAAAUUUCCUCCUGUGGCACAAGUUAAGUAAGUUAAUGUUCUGCCACAUAGGCUGAGUAUGACCACUAGUGUAAAUGCAGUGGGAAUAAAAAGGAGAACUGAAAGUUACUAGUGAGUGCAAGGUAAUCUUGUAUAGCACUGCAGGUGAAACUAGUUCCCUUUCCAGUUUUAGGCUUGCAUUUCUAAAUCCACUUUUGUAAGCUCCAAGUUUACUUAAUAGUUUUUUCAAAAGAAAAAUGUCUUGUGGCACAAUUGGCCAGCCACUGUUUAUGUUCCACACAGAUCUCCUUGAAUCGUCCUUCACGUAACCCAAGCAAUGUACUCUUUCCCCUUGUGUGUUGAAAUAACUUUCCCACAAAUGCAUCAAUGCUAUUUGCCUUAACUACUGAAAGGAAGCUUCUCCUGAAAUCCUUUUGGCCUUUUAUUGGUGGCCAUCUUAUUUAUGAUUGCAGUUUUGAGUUUGUGCAAACAAAAUGGUGGAUGAUUUGCUGGAUUAUUCUAGCUGUAGAGUUGCUGGAUUAAUUGUUUUGAGUUGUCUAGUAAAUUGACAAUGAACUGAUCAAUAUUUUGUUCAAAGUUGUUGGAAAUAUGUUUUAAAAUAAAAAAAACUUUUAUCUGCUUAA